UCCACAGUUUUGUUUCAGUAGAAAAUGAGCUCAUUAUCCUGCGCUGAUGAACUGCGAGCUAAUGAUGAUGCAGAUGAGUGCGCGAGCCGCUGGUCUCCUCACCGUGGCUCUAAUUGGCUGCCACGGCAGUGAGGUCAUCACAACAAGCUGCAUGGUGUUUUCUCACUUUAUGUUCUCAGGGUCCCGAAAAGCGCCGAGGAGAUGCUAACGGGUCGACCCCACAGCUGCUGUUCUCACUCUCACAAAACAUUCGCGUCGCAUCGUUUCUCGAAGUUCACAGUUUUAGCCGAGUUCGUCGAAAUCAGUGGAAAUAAUCUUUGCGUUUGAUGUCCAGAGCGCCUCCUGUCAGGAAGCCGCUCUCCCACAAACUUUCAGCCAAGUGCAGCGCUUCUCACAGCGGAUCCAUGAGUUUGGAGCGGUCGAGUACUUCAGCGUAGAACCGGUGUUGUCUACAAUGAUGCUCUCACUGCUAUGGCACUGUGGCUCUGUCCUGUUGGGCCUAUCAUGCUGCCUACUGGGAGUGACAUCAUCACUGAACCUGGAGGACCCCAACGUCUGCAGUCACUGGGAAAGCUACUCGGUCACAGUGCAGGAGUCAUAUGCACACCCCUUUGAUCAGAUCUACUACACAAGCUGCACUGAUAUCCUCACGUGGUUCAAGUGCACACGCCACAGGGUGAGCUACAAGACAGCCUACCGGAGAGGAGAGAAAACCAUGUACCGUCGCAAGUCUCAGUGCUGCCCAGGUUUCUACGAGAGCAGAGAGAUGUGUGUUCCCCACUGUGCUGAGAAAUGUGUGCACGGCCGCUGCGUGGCCCCCAACACCUGUCAGUGCGAGCCCGGGUGGGGAGGAGCCGACUGCUCCAGCGCGUGUGACAGUAGCCACUGGGGUCCUCACUGCAGUAACCGCUGUCAGUGUAAAAAUGGGGCGCUGUGUAACCCCAUCACGGGCGCGUGUAUCUGCACAACUGGCUAUCGUGGCUGGCGCUGUGAGGAGCGUUGUGAGGCGGGCACCUACGGAAAUGGCUGCCAGCAGAAAUGCCUGUGUCAGAACAACGCCACCUGCCAUCACGUCACAGGAGAGUGCACGUGCAGCCCCGGAUACACUGGAGCGUUUUGUGAGGAUCUGUGUCCUCCAGGCAAACAUGGGCAACAGUGUGAGGAGCGCUGCCCCUGUCAGAAUGGUGGAGUGUGUCACCAUGUGACUGGAGAGUGCUCCUGUCCCGCUGGCUGGAUGGGUACAGUUUGUGGUCAGCCCUGUCCUCAGGGUCGCUUUGGUAGGAACUGCUCUCAGGAGUGUCAAUGUCACAAUGGAGGAACCUGCUCCUCGUCUACAGGAGAAUGCUUCUGCAGCCCAGGAUACACUGGAGAGAGGUGUCAGGACGAGUGCCCGGUUGGCAAGUAUGGCGUGAGCUGCAGCCAAACCUGCCGCUGUGAGAAUGGAGCCAAGUGCUACCACAUCAGCGGGGCGUGUCUGUGUGAGCCAGGCUACACGGGUGAGCGCUGCGAGACACGCAUCUGCCCUGAGGGCGUCUACGGCCUCAAGUGUGACAAGAAGUGUCCCUGCCACAGCCCAAACACGCACAGUUGUCACCCUGUGUCGGGGGAGUGCUUGUGUCAGCCUGGUUGGUCAGGUGUGUACUGUAAUGAGACGUGCGCUCCUGGAUUCUACGGUGAGGAGUGUCUGCAGGUGUGUGAGUGCCAGAAUGGUGCAGACUGCCACAGUGUGACUGGAGAGUGUAACUGCGCACCAGGCUUUAAGGGUGCCAAGUGCUCCGUCCCCUGUCCUGCAGGGACAUAUGGAGUAAACUGCUCCUCUGUGUGCACCUGUAAGAAUGGAGCCAUGUGUUCUCCGGUAGACGGGUCCUGCACAUGCAAAGCAGGCUGGCAUGGAGUGCACUGCUCUAUUAACUGUCCCAGUGGUACAUGGGGGCUGGGCUGUAACCUCACUUGCAAGUGUGGAAACGGUGGAGCGUGCAAUGCUCUGGAUGGCCGCUGCACCUGCGCUCCAGGCUGGAGAGGAGAGCGAUGUGACCUACAUUGUCAGGAUGGAACUUAUGGGAUGGACUGUCGAGAGCGCUGUGACUGCAGUCAUGCCGAUGGCUGUCACCCUGCCACUGGUUACUGCCGCUGCCUUGCAGGCUGGACAGGGAUCCACUGUGACAGUGUGUGUGCUGAGGGCCGCUGGGGACCGAAUUGCUCUCUGCCCUGUAACUGUAAGAAUGGAGCAUCCUGCUCACCUGAUGAAGGGACCUGCGAAUGUGCUCCUGGUUUUAGAGGCACCACCUGCCAGCGGAUCUGUUCCCCGGGUUACUUUGGUCACCGCUGCAGUCAGGCAUGUCCACAAUGUGUCCAUAGCAACGGGCCCUGUCACCAUGUGACUGGCCAGUGUGACUGUCUUCCUGGUUUUAAAGGAGCUCUUUGCAAUGAAGUGUGUCCCAGUGGCAGGUUUGGAAAGAACUGUGCUUGGACAUGUACCUGCACCAACAACGGCACAUGCAACCCCAUUGACGGCUCCUGCCAGUGCUAUCCCGGCUGGAUUGGCAGCGACUGCUCCCAGCCUUGUCCUCCUGGUCACUGGGGCCCGAACUGCAUCCACACGUGUAACUGUCAUAACGGCGCGUACUGCAGUGCCUAUGAUGGCGAGUGCAAAUGUACUCCAGGGUGGACGGGACUUUACUGCACACAGCGCUGUCCGUUAGGUUUCUAUGGUAAAGACUGUUCCCAGACCUGUCAGUGUCAGAAUGGUGCAGACUGUGACCACAUCUCUGGGCAGUGUACCUGCCGCAGAGGCUUCAUGGGACGACACUGUGAACAAAAAUGUCCCCCUGGAACGUAUGGCUUUGGCUGCCGGCAGGUGUGUGACUGCCUUAAUAACUCCACCUGUGAUCACAUGACUGGGACCUGCUACUGCAACCCAGGCUGGAAGGGCGCACGGUGUGACCAAGCUGGUGUAAUCAUCGUGGGCAACCUGAACAGUCUGACCAGUGCAGCAGUGCCAGUCGAUUCCUAUCAGAUUGGAGCCAUCACAGGCAUUAUUGUCCUGGUACUGCUGGUGCUCUUUCUUUUGCUCCUCUUCAUAAUCUACCGGAAAAAGCAGAAAGGCAAAGAACCUGCAAUGCCUGCAGUUACUUACACCCCAGCCAUGCGGGUCAACACAGACUACACUAUUGCAGAUGCACUACCACCGACAAAUGAAGCCCCUCCCAACAGCAACUACUUCUCCAACCCCAGCUACCACACACUGACCCAGUGUACCAGCCCGCCCCAUGUGAAUAACCUGCCUUAUGGAAAGACAAAGAACAACCAGUUGUUUGUUAACCUGAAGAAUGUGGAACAGCGAAAGAGGCCGUCUCUGAUGGAGCACACUGCAACUCUGCCUGCUGACUGGAAACAGAGCAGCUGCUUCAACGAGCUUGGAGCUUAUGGAGUUGACAGACGCUACACAGGAAAAUCUCUUCGAGAUCUCGUGAAAGGUGUACCCUACCACGCCAGCUCCUGCUCUCUCAACAGCUCAGAGAACCCCUACGCCACCAUUAAAGACCCCCCUCUCCUGUUGCCCAAGAACACAGAGUGUGGCUAUGUGGAGAUGAAGUCCCCCGCACAGAGAGACUCUCCAUACGCAGAGAUACACAACUCCAGCCCCGCCAACAAAAACGUUUACGAAGUUGAGCCGACUGUUAGUUCUGUCUACACACCUGCCAACAACAACUGCAAUGGACCAUUUGGCCAGGACCCCUAUGACCUACCAAAGAACAGCCACAUCCCCUGUCAUUAUGACCUGCUGCCCACACGGGACAGCCCCCCAUCCCCCCACAAAGAGCUUGAAAGUGAAUGAGCUCUCAGAGACUUGAACAAAA